GCUACCAUAUUCUUUCUAACAUGCAAAGUUUACCCUGCGUGAGCUAUCCUUUAUUAUUUGUGAGAUAUGUGACGAGAUAAUUUAAUAUUUAUUAUUUAUAUUAUUUGGAUAACGCCCGCUUCAUUAGUUUUUUGGGGUGCAUCACCAAAAAGGGUGUCUAAGAAGCAUCAAACCAUGUCGGACCAAAGAGGACAAGAAUGGAUCAAGCUGAACGUUGGAGGGACCCAGUUCAUGACGACUCGCACGACUUUGUGUCAGGACGAGAAGUCGUUUCUCUACCGACUCUGCCAGAGCAACAUGGAGCUGACAACGGCUAAGGACGAGCACGGGGCCUACCUGAUCGACCGAGACCCGCAGUACUUUGGGCCCGUGCUCAACUACCUUCGCCAUGGGAAGCUGGUGCUGGAUAAGAACAUGGCUGAGGAGGGCGUACUGGAGGAAGCAGAGUUCUACAACAUCACCGGGCUCAUCCACCUGGUCAAGGACCGCAUCACAAGGAGAGACUCCGGUGUCAGCGGCUCUCGGAAACACGUCUACCGAGUGAUGCAGUUCCACGAGGACGAGCUAACAUCGCUAAUGUCAUCGAUGAGCGACGGAUGGAAAUUCGAGCAGCUGAUCAACGUGGGCAGCCAGUACAACUACGGUAACAACGACCAGUCCGAGUUUCUGUGCGUGGUCUCACGCGAGUGCGCCACCUGCGACAACCACAGCAACGGCCACGAGCCCUCAGACAAGGCCAAGAUGCUGCUUCAGAAGGCCAGUCGAAUGUGAUUGGUCAGGUGCCUUAUGACGUCACAAGUUCGGUCGCAUGGCGUCACAAACACCUGGGACCGAGCCGCCCGGCCGGCGCCAUGGCAUUGGUGUGACGUCACUCAAUAACACAGGACCACGCUGUGAGGUAUGACGUCACCAAUAACGCAGAGCCACGUGAUUAAGUAUGACGUCACCAAUAACGCCGCACCACGCUGUUAGGCAUGACGUCACAUGACGUUUUCGGACCACACCGUGUAGCGUGGCGCCGCGACGAACUAUUUCAAAGACGUGGCGCGCAUUUUUGAGGCUUCCAAGGGGGCGGACAUUUUGUUCCGAGCUUACUGUGCGCCGUCGGACGCUAGUUUGUACGAUUUUGUACUGUUUUUUGAUGUAUUGUGCGGCGCCGGCUGGCCGUGACGGCCUUUUCAGUGUUAUAAGACAGACCUUUGUGGUGUAACGGGUCCCGGUGCCUGAAGACGGACUUGCGGGGCCACGCGGGGUGGGGGGACACCUCACAGCCCUGUGCGCCGUGCCUGCUGCGGGCGGGCAGCGUCGUGGCGCACGUGUUUUCACGUGGUUUGGUACGUGGCGGCGCCGUGUAGUCAGUCGACUCGUGGCAGUUUUUUGCCACGAGUAGACGCGACGAAUGAGUCAAGCUACUGGCUGAGACCACGGACAACCUACUGACCUACUGGUUGACUCACGGACACCGCGUGUUCUAGCUUCAGCGUUACGGAUAGUCUUUGACAUCACUGGUACGGAUUGUGACGUCAUUGAUACUUUAUGACGUCAUUAGACAGCCUAGGACGUCAUUGGUCAGCGCCGCACUGCCUUUUCGUGUACCGUGCCCGGUGCCGCCACGGUAGCCCGAGUGGAAACCCAGGUAGGAUUGAACUGUAUAAACUUCACUGUCAUCCCACGACAUGCAUUUGGUGGUCGAUGAUGCACCCAACACCCUUGUCAUUGUCAAUACGAGUUGUGCUUUGUAUGGGCUAAGCUUUGUAUUUGCUGUGCUUGGUGAAUUUGUUACAAACCGAUUUGUUUUAUGGUAGUAAAAGUGUAGAUAGGAUUGAAAAUGAACUCAACUGGAUGUAAGAGUUAGAUAAAUUUGUUUGUUAGUUGUGUUAUUUAUGCACUACCAUGACAUUUUUGACCGGUAUAGGGUGUGAAAUGUAGAUAACAGAAUGCUUGUGCUUGAUGUGACUGGACGUGACUGGCCGCCCUAUGGGGCUGGCUGGUGGGGAGCCCCAGGGAACGAGCGCUGGAUGCAGUGACUGUCCGCCCGUGUGGGCCCUAUAAAAGACGCGUGCGUUUCUCGCCGAAUGUCGAAAUGAAUGCGAAGGAACGGCAGUGUGAGUCGUGGCUUCUCUCUGCGCUUCAGACAGUGUGAGUAGCCCAGUGAGCAUGUGAGUGUGUUCACCCACAGAGUUGGUAAUAAACAGGUGUCUUUUAUCUCCA